AUGAUUAUCUACACUGACAUCGUUUCCGGUGACGAGAUCGUCGCCGAUACCUUUGACCUUGUCCCCAACAAGGAAUUCGAUAUCCUUUGGGAGUGUGACUGCCGCAAGUACCUAAAGCGUGCCAACGAAGACUUCCAGCUCGAGGGUGCCAACCCCUCCGCUGAGGACGCUGAUGAGGAUGGUGGCGAGGGUGAGGCCACUAUGGUCCACGAUAUCGAGGACCAGUUCCGUCUGGUCUGGCUCAAGGUCGAGGACGGCGCGAAGCCCUCCAAGGAAAGCUACAAGACCCACAUCAAGUCUUACCUCAAGAAGCUCCACAAGAAUGCCGCGCCCAAGUUCGCUGAGGCUGGCACUCCUGAAGCCGCUGAAGCCGCCGAGAAGGCCUGGAAGACCAAGGCCGCCGGCGCUAUGAAGAAGAUCCUUGCCAACUGGGACAACUACGAUGUUCUCAUGGGCCAGUCUAUGGACGGCGAUGCCAUGCACGUCCUGAUUGACUUCCGCGAGGAUGGUGUUACCCCCUACGCUACUGUCUGGGCUGACGGUCUCAAGGCCGUCAAGGUCUAA